AGCACGCGCCGCGUCCUCUGCGUUCCCACCACCCGGCUGGCUCUCUGCUCCCUCGGCCUCGAGGACACGGCCCCCGCCUCGAAGAGCCCGAGUCACCUGCAGCUCUGUAACGGUUCCUAAAGGAUUUAAUUCUUCCUCUCUGUGGUAAAAACCCAUUUUGCUUGUGUUUUGCUUCUUCGGGGGGGGCAGUAAGAGGGUGGAGAUAACCAUCCGCUGUGGAUCCGUUGUUCUGAAAAGGUCCUCAGUGGGGUCUUCCAAAAUGGCCCCUUUGAAGAGCUGCUUGCUGGGGCUGCUGCUGGUGCUCCUGUGCCCCUCCCAGGGCCCGCUCUCCGGAGUAAGUGCUCAGGACGAAGGCCUCCAUGCAAAAGGUGUGGUGGAGGUUGUGCUUGAAGAGGCCGAAGCCACUGAUGGUGAUGGGGGCGAGGAAGAGGAACGGGUAGCAGAAGAGGAGGAAGAUGAUGAGGACGACGAUGAAGUGGAGGCCGUUGAGGAGGAUGAAGAGGAGGAGACUGCUGCAGAGCAAGUGGAGGAGGCGGAGGAGGAGGGUGAGGCUUCAGAUGAGGAAGAGGAAGUAGACGCUGAAGAAGAGGAAGACGAUGAAGAAGGUGAGAAGGCUUUAGAUGAGGUCGAGGAGGAUGCGGACGAAGAGGAAGAUGAGGAAAAGGUUGAGCGUAUUGCAGACGAGGAAGAGGAGGAUGAUGAUGCUGAAGUAGAGGAAGACGGGGAAGAGGAUGAGGAUGCUGCAGAAGAGGAAGACGAGGAGGAUGCUGAAGUAGAGGAGGACGAGGAGGACAGAGAUACUGCACAAGAGGAAGAGGAGGACGAUGCUGAAGAAGAUGAAGAUUCUGAAGAGGAAGACGAUGCAGAGGAGGCUGCAGAUGAGGAAGAGGAGGGUGACGAGGAACAGGUCAAUGAAGCAGUAGCUGAGGAGGAAGAGGAGGCUUCUGAUGAUGAUGAAGCAACUGAAGGAGUUGAGCUAGCUGAGCAAGAGGAGGCUGAUGAUGAUAAGGAGGAAGAAGACGAUGAAGAGGAUGAGGCCGACGAUGAUGAAAAGGAUGCAACUGAAGCCGAGGAAGACGACGAUGAGCCUGAAGACGAUGGCGACGCAGAAGACUCAAGCGAAGAGGAGCCUGGCGUUCUGCAAUUCCGCUCUGGCUCUUUGUGUAGCGUUUGCUCCAUCUGUGAGCUCUGCUCUCAUAACUGUGAUAAAUGCCUCUGUGAAGAGGGAGAUGAGUCAGACCACUGUGACCACUGCCAAGAAUGCUCAUCAUGCUUCAUUUGCCCAAUGUUGUGUGACACAAUUUGCACACCAGGUGGCCUUGUUGAUGAGCUAACUGGGAGCCUCUAUCAGACAGUUGCUGCUCUACUCUGAGCGUCCUGUAGACUGAUCCCUUUGGAGCCCCCCUGUGGCGGCGUGAGGUACUGCGCCGUGAGAUGAGCGCUGUCGCACGCAACACACGCGCACUCACACGAGGCCCCCGCGAUUGAUGUGACGUCUGACAGAAACACACACAAAUAACAUUUUACUUCCUCAUAUGGGAAAAUUUCACAAGAUUGUACAAUAUCCCCAAAUCUCAUCUGAUGCUGCUGCAGACCACAUAAGAUCAGGUUGUCUCUGUCAUGAAUUUGCUUCCAAUUAACUGCUUUUGCUACAUUUACUUUUGGUUUUCUAUUUCACAUUGUUUACUGACUUUCAAAGUAUUACUAUAUUAUAUAUUACUAUACGUGCAUUUGCUCAUGACUGGAGCUCAUAAACAGCAGUUGAAGAAACUUUGACAACUUGGGCAAAUAUUCCAAUAUAGUUCAACAGUUUUAACCGUACAUAUAAAGUUUUAUGCUUUACAUUAUGGGAUAUACAUGAGAAUAAUUCAUGAUAACAUUAUCAUGGAAAUGAGGUUUAGACGUUUAGUCCCUUGUAUGAACACAUUUUAGAAUAGUAUAAUGAAGUAACAUGUAUCGCUGUUUCUUGAAUAAAUUAUUUCUGUUCACAUUUACUUUUAA